AUGACUAUCAUCGACAGAAUCCUGUGCCGACCCUGCAUCUUUUGUGCGAUUGCCGAUGGCAGCACCCCAACCACGCUCAUUUACAAGGACGAUGAGAUUGCAGCAUUCAAUGAUAUCAACCCGGCAGCAGAGACACAUAUCCUGAUCGUGCCUAUCGAUCACGUCAAGAGUGUCAAGACCAUGACGACCGACCACAUCCCUCUGCUCGAGAAGAUGCAUCAAAAGGGUAUUGAUCUCCUCAAAGAACGCGGACACGAUCCCGAACAGUCAAGGCUUGGGUUCCACGUGCCGCCAUUCAACACGGUGGACCACUUGCAUCUCCACGUUGUGGGAGGGGUCAUGAAAUCCAACUUUCGAAAACUCAAGUACGAGACGGGCCGCAUGUGGUACAUGGAUCUCACACAGUUGCAGACUACCCUCGACAAGAAGCGGAGGCUGCAAGAAGGCGCUCGUCUUUAA